AUGGAUAUCACGUGGGCAACAAACUUGCCGCUCAAAAUAACAGUCGCUCGGGAAUCAAAGGACCCAAGUCGUCCGUCAGACCAGAAGAUUUACUACACAUCGACGAAGUUGCUUUCAUUUUUGCCCGUUACAGUCAAUCAAACACGCCAAUUUUUCAACAGGGAGAAGGAAACACCUGUCUGGUUCUCUUAUCAAGGAUCUGCGAUAAGGUGGCAUCUUCCCGUUGGGCUUUUACUCGACCUCUACAAUGUAUCCACUGAUGUUUGGCCUAUUGAAGUCAAUUUCUCUCCAGUGCCCCCUGAGAUUGAAGACCUUUCUAUGUCACUACUGGAGUCGAGCUUCUGCAUGUCGCUAAAAGAAGCGGACCAAAUCCGCUCACGCUCCGAAAGAAUCAACCUUUUCCAAAAACAAGACUUCAAACGCCUCUGGAACGCGAUACAAAACUCAUCACUCGAGGAAUGGCGCUCGGUCGCCAAUCAACUUCUUCGCAGCAAAAACGGCGAUUUUAAAAUCCCAGUAAAAUUUCACUAUGACAACACGUACUUCCAAAACCCCACGGAAGUUGAGGACACUGUGCAAGCUGCUCUUGAAAAAGCCUUGGCAGGGCACCAAUUCAGCCCAGAAAAUUUCAAAGUCGUUUUGCUCGGCACUGAGCUAGCAGCAGACAUGCCUUUGCGCGAGCUUUCGGACUUUUCUUAUCCCGAUACUUUUCUUCAUCUUGUACUUCAAAGAGCGUAA